AUGUCUGCCAAGCGGCCCCGGAGCCUUCUGGCUGCGACGCCCGAGACGUCCAGCGCAGCGAAGAAGCAGAAGAUGUCGCCGCGCGACGUGUGCGCCGUCGACGAUCUGGCUGAAAUCAGCUUUGACUGCGUGCUGGAGCCGCUAUGGGCACUGGGCGACAACUGCAACACGGACGAUGGGCUGCUGCUGGACCCGCUUGACUCCGUCGAGCUGACCGCGUUGGUCGAGCUGGACUGGGACGCCGCCAUCUCGCCACUCCAGCUUGAGCUGGAAGCGGAUGCUCGCGCCGAUGAGAACAACAACAGCAUCGACGUCGACUGCGCUGCGUCGGGGCUACUCAGCGAGGACGACGUGGCCGCUGUAGUAUGCGACCUGGACGCCGCGCAGGUGCUGUCGAACUGCGAGCUGGACUCGCUGCUCGGUGACGCCUCCGACUCGGACGACGCUGACUUUGCCAUCGACGCUGACUUCGAUAUGGCCACCAGCAUUGACAUGGACGUCGCUCUGCACGCCGACAGCUUGCUCUUUGUGUAG